UGACUUCCGGUCGCGGCUCCGGUGUCUGCUGUCCGGUUACCGGGAGAUGUCCGUCGUCUGAAGGCUGAUCCAGGGAAAACAGGGCCGUGUUGGGGGGGAUCGGGACCGGAUCGGGGGGAACCGGACCCGGACCUCUGGCGAUCGAGACGAAGCAGCGCCAACAGCCGGAGCCAUGGUGACCAAGAAGGUGAGGACGGAGUACAUGAAGAAGUUCAGGGAUCCCAAAUGGGAGACGUUCUCCAAGUGCUACGAGGACUCUCUGAAGUACCGUCUGACCCGGCGGGUGAUGGAGCACUCCCACAAGCCCUGGUUCUGGGAGGGCUGGGACAGCGGCUCCGACUCCAGCGGCUGGUCCACGCCGCGGCUCACCAGGAACAAGGUGGUCCCGCUGUCUCUCCCGCCGCCGCCGCCGCCCACGUCUUCCCAGAUCAGUCAGAAGCUGUGCGACUUGAAGAUCAGUCCGGAGCCGAAGCCGCCGGCUGAGGAGGGAGGGGUCGAGGUGGGGGCAGGAGAGGCGGCGCCUGGAGAUGCCCCCCCGACCACAGAAGAAGCUGUAGUGGAAAACGGCAUGAACGAGGCCAGUGGCGGUUCCGAGGCGGCUGCUCCGGCCAACAACGGAGACACGGCGACGGACGACGGGCCGGCCGACACCACGUCCGACGACGGCGGCGAGCCGGCCAAUCCGGGGCCGCGGCGGCGCUACCGGCGGCGCACGCCUCGCUCCGAGCCGGGACAACACCGGGACGCUUCCCUGGACGGCAAGCCGCCCGCGGUCCGCAAGCCGCCGAGAGCCAAGAGCCAGCCGGCCAUCGGCAGCAGCGAGAAGGAGAACCGGACGCCGUCCAGCAGACUGGACUGGACCGAGAGACAGACGGAGGUCCGCAGGACGCCCAAUGACAGCCACACCUCCGAUGCCUGCGUUCAGACCCGCCGCCAGUCCGGCAAGCGCGGCUCCACCCCGGACCGCCGCCGGGCGCGCUCAGCCGACCUGGAGAAGACGAGGCGGUCCCAGCUGGCGGUGGCCGACGACCGCUGGAUGACGGAGUACAUGCGCUGCUUCUCGGCCCGGCUGAGGUAGAACCCCGAGACGACCGCCGCCGCUCCUCCUCUCUCGGGAGUCCAGAAGGGACGAGACGGAUCGAGAGACGGUUCGCCGUACCGAAACUCUGAAGGAUGUCUGACAUGAGGGCCGGCAGAUGGCAGUCUUCUGGCAGCUCCAUUUCUAAUACCCUUUCUCCAGUACGUCCAGCAUCCGUCCUCAGGACGUCCAGACCACCUGCCUCGUCGUUUCCUCUCCCUCUGUCUGAACAAACGUCCAGACAUGGAGCCUCUUCCUCUCACCGGUCAGAUUCGCUCAUUAAGCAGGAAGUAAACCUCAGUUCCAUGGUUUCCACGGUCAUUUCGGGAGCUGUGGAGGUUUUUCUGCUGUACUGCAGCGGCUUUCUGCCGCCACACAGUGACAUCUAGUGGCCACAGGCGGUACUUACUGUUAUAUUUUCAUUGUGUUACUUCUGAAUAUAUAAGCUACAUGAGCAGCCAAACAACUAAAAUAAAACAAAAGUGUGAUUUAUAGUCCAGAAAAUACAGUAAGUAGUAAUUCUGUAAGUAGUGAAGUAAGAGGCUGCAGGACGGACCAAAUAUUUUUUGAUAUCAGAGAUAUUUUGGAUCUUCAGAUUAUAGUACAGAUCUGGAAAACGGGUGCUGGAUGGUUCAGGAAAGUUUACACAGGUGAUCCCUACAUUUUUUUUUUAUUAUUAUUAAUCAUUCUUUAAAAAAGAAGCUUUAGGAUUCCAGUCAGCAGAGAAACAAGAAAACUGCAGAUAAGUUUUAAAAUGACACAAGGCUUUAAAGUCAGUGACUUGAUAACACUCCCUCUGUUUCUGCCUGUUAGCCACCGGCGGAUGCUAAGCUAACGAAUCCCUGCUCUUCUCACUUCGAGAUGCUUCGUUCCAUCAUGAACUGCCGAGAAACGCUCUUUUCCCAGUUUGAUGUGUAAAAGCAGUUCGGUUCAGUUUUUCCGGUGGGAAUUUCCUCGU